AUGGAAAAUCCACGUAAGAAGAAGAAAAGCGUGAGAUUCGCCGGACUAGACUCCGAAGAGCCACAACCUAUGCCAUCGAUACCAGAGGAUGGUCCAUCUCAAACUAUAUCUAAUUCUGAGGUUUUCCGAAGAGUAGAAUCCGGUCUUGCCUCAGCAGGUACCAUUGACCCGAUUUCGCUUGAAAGUCGACGACAAAGACGUAUGAGAGUACGAGAAACCAUGGGAUCGACAAGGGGACCUUGGGAUACAGAAAGAGAGCAAUUGGAGGCGUACGCGAGAAAGCGGUUAGAGUUAGAAGAUAUGAGACUUAAGAUAAUCAGAGCGAAGAAAGAGAAUUUGACGAGGACGGAAAUGGAAAUCAUUGAGGAACUUAAGCGUCAAGAUGAGAAAAGAGCAAAGAGUGAGGAACGAUGCGAAGAAGAAUUGAAGAAGCAUUCGGGUUUGAUCAAAAGAGUCACGAGGACGAAGAGACGUAACUCGAUAAGAAAAACUCUAAAGCAAGAAAAAAUUGCUUACGAGGCUGUGAAAGAUAAUCUUAAGACGCAGGCGAGAGAUGCUGAAUGUGAAGUAGACAGAGAAUAUUUGCGGAAAAAAGAGAUAGAUUAUGAAUUCAAGAGAUUAUGGGAAGCUGAAGCGACUAGAUGGGAGUGGGAGUUGGAGAUCCCAUCCCUUCUGAGAAAGGCCGAACUCUCGACAGAAGAGCGAGCGUAUUUGAAAACCUCUAUCGGUAAUUCUUAUGUGCACAAAAGAUGGUGUAUGGCUGGUCCUGUUGAUAGAGAGCCGUGGUCUUACCGUUCCAAUGAACGGAAAUGGGUAUGUGAGGAUUGUAGGGCUGAUGAGCAUUGGAAAAAGAGAAUACAGGAGAGCUCAGAGUUGCCAAGUACUCCAUUUUAG